UCAAUAUACAGCUAGUACGCUACACACCAUGGCGGGAUAUAGUAAAACGUAGUAAGAUUAUCGCGGAGGACGAGGCCACCGAUACACUGCACGGUCUUCGUGCUGUCUCCGGUCCUGUCGAUUUUCAACUCCCAGUUUCAAAUUGUUCAUUUACAUUUGAUGUGUGAUUGAAGAAUUAAGGACGGACUGUCGAUUUUUGACAUCAUUUUUGUUGGGAUGUCGGAACGAUGCGAUGGACAAACACAAAAAGUCUAAAUGAUAUUGGUGGAUAGAUAAAUGCUUUCAUACGAGCAUGCCUGACGCCUACUGCUGCUUUAUGUAUUGGAUACUUCCCACUUAGGAACGCUGUCCAUCAAAUUACCGCUCGAUACAGACACGAAAACAGCCACCAGCCAAUCGAUAUGCAUAAGGAAAGCUCAACCAAGUGAACUCUGUGGUAGUACGUUAUGGAUACAUGAUGCUUGAAGAAAUCGAUAUUUUCUUUUAGGAAAUCUAAGAAUGGGUUUAUUUUUUUCAAUAUCUGAGCAAUGAAACCCGCAUAAAGUGCGUAAAGCAGUUGAAAAAUUGACUACGAGUACGUUUUAAUCAUAUCAGCUGAAUACUUGUUUUGUACUCAAGGGACAACCGUUAUUAGAUUUAAUUCACCUUUGGUAAUCAUGGAUAAGAGCUGAACAAAGCAACAUUGUCCGUAUCAGUAUAACAAUGAGCCAGACAAGUGAGCUUCUCUCGGAAGGCGAGUGUCAGGGCGAGUGUCAAUGCACGUGUAGCCAGGCAACCAUGUCUGAAAAAUACACGGAUGAAUCUUCCGAACUGUCGCGACAGGACACCGGACUAGUCCUCGAAGAAAAUGAAGAAUGGUCAGAAACAUCCGAAAUGGAAUGUCUGUCAGAACAAGCUUGGUCCGCACAGAGUGUCAUGCUGGUGGACCAGGAUCCGUCUCAUUCGCAAUGUGACCACCUGCAUUGGCAAGGAGUGUCUAUGACAGAGGACGAUAUCGAGAUAAUAACAGAUGGUUCGUACGAUAACUACCAUCAGGAUGUCUACUAUAUUGACCCCGUGGUCGCACAAACUCUAUUCAGUGAUAUUCUCCUACAUCGACAGCACGCUGCUAACUUACACAUCCAUGUCGAGGCCAAGACAAAAAGACAAAAGUUUAUUGCCCGCACUGUUAUGAUUGUGUCCAGUGUGAUGUUCACUGUCAGUGUCCUUCUGGUUAUGAUCUCACUCAUCAUGUCCGAUCAUAUUGAUGAUCUCGUAAGAGAUGCCAACAACCUCCGAGUACCAUCUGAAUCCACUGUUACCAUGACGACGAUAAUGCCUAACUUCACUCAAAAUUCAACGUUGAUUGAAGGAGGAACUGAUUUAUAGUAGAGGAGGAUGCUAUGUGAAAUGUUCACACCAAUACUGUGAUAUACUUCUCUUGAUAAACAGAUUACUCAUACAUGUGGAAAUUGUUAGAAUUAUCACGGAGUAUAUGCUCCCACUCAUCAUAGACCAGUUAUCACACGUCGCUAUGUAAAAUCAACUUCCAACCAAGUAAUAACAAGACGUGUCUGAUACAUCCUCUGGUGAACGAAUCAUUAUAUUGUCAUUUCCAUAUUUUGCAAACUGUAAAACACAUAUUAAACAUAUGUUAUUGUGUAUCCAUUUGUAACGAUUAUUGUUAUGCGGCAUGCUUAAGGCGGUCUCAAGUAAAAUAUGUAAUAUCCGUGAAGCAGUUCUAAAUAUGUACAUCAGUGAGCUUUUCAAUGUUAUAUUUAUUAACAUUUGUGAAUUCGUUAUAUUUGUCUAGAGCAACAGCGAAGACUAUCAAAUAGUGUAUGUGUAUUCUCAUCAUGUUGAUGUUAUGUAAGAACUGUGAUACCUCUCAUCUACACUGGAUUUCGUCUCGACGAUGAGAUGAUGUUGAUUACCAUAAUCAAUCAGGCCAAAUGUGAUUCAGUGAUGUUUUUCACCCAUAAAAAUUAGGUGUAAGUAAACUGUAAGAAUAUUUCGUUCAGAAUUUUGCACUGCAUUAACCAAUGCGUACCUAAAUAUGAUAAAACAUUGUGACUAAACAUACGGAACAUUUAAGAUAUUAAAAUACAUAUGUAUACUAUUUUUUGAUACUCUUUAUCAACAUUUGUCAGACGUUGUACAUAAUGAAGUAUGUUGUAAGAUAAAAAGCCACUAUAACUGUAGAGUUAACACUAACGGUGACUUUUUCUUAUAAAUAGUGAAACGAUUAAAGAUAUUGCCAUGCACUUGCCUAUAACGUGAAAAUAUUCUUAAUAAUUUUGAUUUUGAGUUUUAAAACAAAGUUUGACUCGGCUGAUGUUUGUAAAGAAUGCUACUUGGAUAAAGCCGAAUGGAGUUACGUUGCUGCCAGUGACGAGUCUGUGUAGCGUUCUGCUUACGAGCGGUAACAUAUAUGUAUCCUGUAGUACCUACCGAAUUGUAACGUUAUCAUUUUGCACUGAUUUAUGUAUUUUCAAAACAUGGUUACAGACUGUUGUACAUUUCAUACUUAAGCGGAAAUUAAGUCUUAGUUUUUAUGAUACAUCUUUUUUUUUUAAAUAUUACUCUUAAUGAUAUUUUUCAACGUUGAUUUUACAGUUAUAGUCGCUUGAAUAUCAUCGAGCUGAUUUAUGGAAUAUUGGUGAUGUGAUUUGCAACGAUAACGAUACAUGGAUUUAGUGUUGUCUAACAAUGAUCAUCAGAGCAAGUACACAAUUUACCAAAUUAUUGACUGGAAACAAAAUUGAAAUGUGAAGAAAAGCAUCCCUCUAUAGCAUUUGAUGAGUUUUCUUAAUUAGGAAAAGAAACAAAUACAUAACAUAGUGAUAAUGGCGGUUUUGUUUUUCGGUGAAGUCAUCUCAAAUAGCAGUAAUUUUCUAUUUAAAAAAAUACCUUUACAAAGGAAUAUAGUUCGGAUAUUAAACUAACAGUUCCAAAAUAAUUGAUUCCCAUUUCUACGUUAUGCUGAGUGAUGAUCUCAUUUGAAAAUAUCCUAUAUCCUGAUGUAAUAUAAGGUCAGACGUGUUCGCUGCUAGUUGAUAUACCUGGUGGUUCCUUUAUCACCAUCCUAGUUUUCAUUUUGAGAAUGUGACUCACCCCUGAAUUGACCAAGAUCUGUAUUGUUGGUGUUGUCCAUGAAGCAGAACAGACGCUUACUUCAGCGGAGCGCCUGGUCCUAUCCUUGCAAUACUUCCAGGGUCUUCAUGCGAAUCUAUAUUUCUGAUUUUCGAUUUUGAGUUUGAAUUAUUGUUUCGUUAAUAUGUCAGUAUUCUUUGUUGUAUUAAUGUUUGCUAAUGCGGAAAGUAUGUCUCAAAACAGACAACAUUAGCAAAAUCAUACGUGAAACGCUUACUAUAAAACUUACAAGUUACCAAUUAUUUCGACACCGCUUUUUUAGUUAAAUAAAAUGAACAUCAUGUUGAGAAUUGUGUUAUUAGGUAAACGAUUUUAAAACAAUGUGGUACAGACGAAAACAAAUGUCAAAACACAGUUGUGAUGUCAUCUAUUGUUAUUUUAGUGAUAUUUUGUAUGUUUCAAGUAAGAUAUAAGCCUAAAACUGCCCCUCAUGUAAAAUAUUUGACAACAUUUACCUAAUAGGCAGUUUUCGGCUUAUACACUUUACUUAUAUGGCGUUUAGGUUAAGAUAAUAUUAUUGUCAUUAUGUAAACUAUUUAUAUAUCAUAUUAAGUAUACAUUGAUAACAAAGUUCCUGGAAGAAAUGUCUUAUAGAGGUUAUUAUUGUUUUACACAAAUAUGAUAAAUUGUGUAUACAUAUAUACCUAUUAAUAUUGUAACAAAGUUAAGAUUUCUAUAAUAAGUCACAAAAACAGAGAUAAGAUUUUUUCGUGAUUUUAUACACACAAUAUGUUAUAUCUAGCGUUACACAAAACACUAAGACAGUUUGUUAUACCUAACUUAGCACAAAUCACUUAGUCAGUUUGUUAUACCUAGCGUAGCACAACAUAAUUAGUCAGUUUUUAUACCUAGCGUUACAAAACACAAUUAGUCCGUUUUUUAUACUAGUGUUACAAAACACAAUUAGUCCGUUUCUUAUACGUAGUGUUACAAAACACACUUAGUCAGUUUUUAUACCUAGCGUUACAAAACACACUUAGUCAGUAUCUUAUACCUAGCCUUACAAAACGCACUUAGUCAGUGUCCUAUACCUAGCGUUACAAAACCCAAUUAGUCAGUUUCUUAUACCUAGCCUUACAAAACGUACCUAGCGUUACAAAACGCACUUAGUCAGUAUCUUAUACCUAGCGUUACAAAACACAAUUAGUCAGUAUCUUAUACCUAGCGUUACAAAACACAAUUAGUCAGUAUCUUAUACCUAGCGUUUGACAUCACAAUUAGUCAGUUUCUCAUACCUAACAUUACACAAUACAUUUAGUUUGUUAUACCUAACGUAACACAAACAUUUAGUCAGUUUACAAUAACUAGCAUUACACAUCACAAUAUGUCAGUUACUUAUACCUUGUUAAACAUAGCGUUACACAACACAUUAUGUCAGUUACUUAUACCUUGUUUUACCUAGCGUUACACAACACAAUAUCUCAGUUACUUAUACCUUGUUUUACCUAGCGUUACACAACACAAUAUGUCAGUUACUUAUACCUUGUUAUACCUAGCGUUACACAACACAAUAUGUCAGUUACUUAUACCUUGUUAUACCUAGCGUUACACAACACAAUAUGUCAGUUACUUAUACCUUGUUAUACUUAGCGUUACACAACACAAUCAGUCAGUUACUUAUACCUUGUUAUACCUAGCGUUACACAACACAAUCAGUCAGUUACGUAUACCUUGUUAUACCUAGCGUUUCACAACACAUUAUGUCAGUUACUUAUACCUUGUUAUACCUAGCGUUUCACAACACAAUAUGUCAGUUACUUAUACCUUGUUAUACCUAGCGUUUCACAACACAUUAUGUCAGUUACUUAUACCUUGUUAUACAUAGCGUUUCACAACACAAUAUGUCAGUUACUUAUACCUAGCAUUACAAAACACUUCGUCAGUUUGUUAUACCUAGCUUCGUAAUCCUCUCUGUAUUAAAAUGCGACGACCAUCAAGUUUGAAAUUUUGCACAUGGAACUAUUUAUAUCAGGGCUUAUCCAUGCCUGUCGAUAUUGUGGUAAUAGGAAAUGGGUGUUUUUUUCGAUUUAAGAAAGCAUAUUACAAGAUAUAGUUAACAUAUUAAUAACCAAACUAAAAACUGCUUAAGUAUCCAUUUUUCGAAAUUAUUGUCAUUGAAUAGAUGUUCGAUAUUUAAUUAUUUGAUACUCUUCUGAACAGAUGAAACAUAAGCGCUUAACUCAUAACAUUAUUUUUUACAACGUAAAGUCGAAAUUAUUUUUACAUUAAUAGUGUUUAAUACAAAUAACAGAACAAUAUGCUGCAGUAAUAAUAUGAUCUAAGUUUUUUCUUAUGAUAUCAAUCCCUCUUGUUGUGGUAGCUUGCAGGGGAUUUUGAGAGAUAUUGGAGCAAACCAGGGCAUGUAGGUAAUACCUGCGACAUCGUCUUAUUUAAAACUUGAGCAUUAGCCACAGUAACAGUAUACAAUCAUGCACAGUUACAUUUUCACGCAUGGCUAUAACCAACUUAAAUCCAUGAACAUGACACAAUUGAAUUUUACAUAGAUUGAUAUCGUCUUGCAAAAUGUUUUAGGCAUUAUUGUACAGUAACUAGCUUUACUUGUUUUGAUAUAUACUUGUAUCUGUACCACGGUAUAUCUUGUAUGCAGUGCCAUAACUUUGAUCUACAUCCUAUCAACGUUGGGUUUUAUGUAUAUUCUAACUUACGCCGAUGGAGCCAUAUUUAUCCUCACCAUUGUGAUUGUAUUAAUGAAAACACCUUUAUCAAAUAGUGCUAUAAUUUUCAUUCUUGUUUAAUAUGUUUGAUUGGUAUCUUGCAAAUAUCACAAUGUAUGCCUAAUACCUUUUGAAGGAAUUGGCAAGCGUUAGGAAUUGUGCUGUCUCGCCUUCGAAAGGUUCGUUAUUGUAGGUUGAAUUGGUGUCUUUGUAAGCACAAGCCGAAGUCAGAUGCCGCAGUUGUUUGAUUUUUAUAAGAAAAUGUCAUCUAUGAUUACUGAAGGAAGAGAAGUUUAUUUUGAUAAGUACGCAAAUGCAAGGUUAUACGAAAGACAUGUCGACACAUUGGAUCAUCAGCCGACAGUGGUAGAUGAUUUGUAUGUUUCUUACUGAUGGACAUGUUGUUGUUUUUUUUACAAUAAAUUGGUUUCUAAUGAC